AUGACACGACCAAGCGAGAACCUAUCCCGACCUAAUGGGCACCACAAACAUGACUAUGAAGUGAUCACACAAGAAGGAGGCACAUUUAUGGCCAGAUCAGCAGAUAAUCCACAUCUGUUGCGGAUUUGGGAAUAUGUACAGGGACGGAUAUGGGUCAAUGAUAAUAUGAACCCUUUUACCCAGCAUGGAAUCAGGCGGGACCACGAAGAUGAAAUUGAGUCAAAAGGGCAAUUAUAUGAAGAGAUCAGGGAAAACCUUCGACGCGAUGUAGAGGCUGGUGCGAAACAGGUCAGAGAGUUUCGAAGCCCUAGCAAAGUGGAAAGUUCUCGAGCUCCCAAAGCGCAAUUACGCCGGGCAGGCCGUACAUGCGUCCGUGCGAAGUUCGAAAUUCCUCUUCAGCCCAAGGUCGUUGACGACAGCCCUCCGCCACGAUACAAUCGAUACAACAAGCCUGAGCUUAAGAUGUCGUCCUGA